UGCAUCCUGGAAAUGAGUCAGUGCUGAGCUCAUAGGCACUGCAUGGCUGCAUCCUGGGCUGGUGCACACAGCAAGCUGAACAUUAACCCACUCCUGACCUCUGCCCGCCUCUCCAUACAUGACAGCCUGCUGGUUGUUCCCACUGAGUGAUGUGACAAGCUGCAGCUGAUCUACAGCAAUGUCAAUUCAGAUUGUGUCAAUCGGGAAAGACUACAAUGGAUUAUAUGAGGAUGGAACGGAUUUUAGUGUGCUCUCUUUAUAUCUUAAACAUCCAUAUUUUUAUGGGGACUUGCACAUAGAAGAAAGCCACUCAGGUGUUCAAGGUCUAUAAAACCACAGCUCGGUCAAGGGACAAUGUGGAAAUUGUGGUGCAUGAGUGUCCGGACUGGGAUACGUUUGCCAGUGAUUUGCAGAGCUCUCUGGCCACGGUUGCAGGAGGAGAUAUCAUAUUAUUAAAGUUUGCAAUCGAGAACAAACCUUUAUUUCUGGAUAUUAAGAACAAUUUCCCUCCUUUGUUGAAACAGAUAUUCAGUCCCCGAUGUGUACCAGUAAUCGUAUUAGCAUUUGGUUUCAGAGAUCGACCAUCCUGCAUCUGCCCCAUGUGUACCUCAGAUAGAGAGGUAUGUGUUUCUCCUUUAGAAGGUCUUCAACUUGCCAAAGACAUAGGACUCGGCGCAACAUACUUAGAACUGCCUAACCUGUAUCCUAGAAAUGUUGCAAAAUACUUUGGAGGAGUGAUGGAAUACUACAUACUGCAGACUAUGAAACAAAAGUCAGCUGCUACUAAAUCAAGAAAGAGGAGUCAAGCACUCAAGGUUAACCCUCCCAAACUGGGACAACCUGAAAAGAUGCCUGACUUGAGGGAUGAGCCUUCACGGUAUAUUUCAGAUAUCAAAAACUUGCUGGAUCACGGCCAGUGUGUGGAUGUGGUCUUCUGCACGGCUGACAUGAAUCCGACGUUCGCAGCUCACAGAGUGGUGCUAUGUAGUGUGAGCUCUGUAUUUAUGCUGCUGUUUGGGGUGAUAUCUGCUAAAGACUCAUGCACACAAAAGACAGCCAAGUCCCUCUUCUCUGUGCACCAGCAGCCUGAAGUCUCCACUAGAAAUUCUCCAGUAAGAGUCAUUGUUAAAGAUGUCCUCUUCCAUAAAUGUUUACCUGACAUCCUUCACUUCAUAUACUCAGGUGCGUCAGAGUGGCAGCUGCUGGAACAUCAGCUUAAAGAGAAACUGAACGAUCCUGAAGAAGUAGCACAUGUGUCCUACAUAGUACAAAGUUUGUUAAACAAACCAGAUACAGGUUCCGGAAAACAACUGCCAUUAUGGGAAUCUCUUGGAUUCUUUUUUAACAACACUUCACUGUCAGAUGUGAUCUUCCAGGUACAAGAUACAAAAAUUCCAGCUCAUCGGGCCGUGUUGGUGGCCCGCUGUGAAGUAAUGGCUGCCAUGCUUAGUGGAAGUUACAUGGAAGCAAAUCGUGCUCUUGUUCCAGUGUAUGGUAUAUCAAAGGACACUUUCCUUGCUUUCCUGGAGUACAUGUAUACAGAUACCUGCUGCCCUGCUAGUGUUCUACAAGCCAUGGCUCUUCUGAUUUACUCUGAGAUGUAUCAAGUAUCCAGACUGCAACAUAUCUGUGAACGUUGUAUCACCACCCAACUCCAGAGUGUGCCUAGCAGAGAGCUGGCAUUGACAAGCCUCAAUGUGGUCAGUCUGCUCAGGAAGGCUAAGUUUCAUAACUUUGAAAACCUCUACACUUGGCUACUUCACUUUGUUGCCACACACUACCUGAUCUUCAGUCAAAAGCAAGAGUUCCAAGAUCUUUCAGCAGAGGAACAGAAUUUCGUGGAAGCACACAAGUGGCCUUCAGACAGUUACCUGGCUCAGCUUGCAGAAUAUAGAAGAUACAUUUAUUCUCCAAGAUGCAGGUGUGCAGUAAUGUGACCAGCACACAUAUUAUAUACUAAUUAUCAAUGCAUAACAAUACUGUACCAAUACACAUGAGCACCGUACUGCCACCUUCCAGGUACUUUCCAAAAUACAGUAUAUUAAAAAGUACUUGACAUUUUAGAAGAAUCUGGGGAGAAUCCCUGUGCUGUCGCCCCUUUUGAUGGCUGGAACAGUACCUACCAAUGCUCUGAUCUGACAUGUUAGUACUUUGUUAUAACAUGAAUUACUCCAGCUAUACUGUUACCAUCUCCACCCUUAUUUCUAUGGCUAACAAAUCAGUCUAUAAAUCUGAAUGUUUUUUUUUUAUACAGCCAUGGCAUGGAUUUAUGCUACAGUGAAUAUGCCCUUAAAUAGGUAAUGAGAGCAGCACUGCAGUAACCAGCUCCAUCCACUGCACAACGGACAUCAAAUAGUAAAAUAAAUAAAACAACUUACCCUUCCUCCUCUGGAUGGCACGCUCUUCCUGCACAUGAAGCGGUUUUCUGCUGUCCUGCAUGGCACUGUGACCUGAUGUCACACAGCAUCAGGUCAUAGUGCAUGCCUACGUGCUGAUCCUUUACGCAGUCAGGACACGGCACAUCGGCGUCCGAGAAGAAGACCAGGAGCAUGAGUACAGCCAGCACUACCAGCGCUACACUCGCCGCUCCCUGCACCUCCUGCAUACUAAUAAGUGCUUCCACAAGGAAAGUGCUCAUUAGUAUUUGCUUUAUAAGACGCACUGCCAUUUUCCCUGCACUUUUGGGGGGAAAAAGCCGGUCUUAUUAAAUAAAAAAUAUGUUUUUUUUGUUUUAGUUUUUUUAAUGCUCUGGGAUCGAUUGAUUGUGCAAUUUAUUCGACUGGAUCUUGCAAAAAUCCAUGUGCGUGCCAACAAAACAACCCAAUUCAGAUGCAUGGAAAUAAUUUUCCAUGACAAAAAAUUCUGCACCAAAAUCUACUUUAAAAUAAAAACUAAACAAAAGGGAUCAAGAAGAAGUCCUGCCCAAAGUAUGCUACCAAUAUAGACAAUUAAAAUAUGUCUAGAAAAUAGAAGCCUAUGGGUGUAUUAAAGUUAAGCCUGACAAAGGACAAUAAUAUUGUGCAAACCAAAUAAAUGAAUGCGUUAGGUUUAGUGACCACACUUGGGCAAGUCACAGAAGUUGCCAGUAGUCAAUAUGUAUGUACAGUAUAUGAAAGCGGUGAAGAAAAUUCUUAAACUGGCCAAAAGACAAGGAUAACGUAAUCCUGCAGCGCUAUUAUAGCCACUAAAAAUAGUGGGACCUGACAGAUAUCAAAGAAACGUCAGAGGGAUCCGUGACGAUCCACUGCCUUCUGUUUGAAAACGAGUCUAAGAUAGCGGUAGCCUUGUUCACAGCUAUCUCCUAUAAACAUGGAUUCUUGGAACUGCUCAGCAUAAUAUCUGCCAGGGGAACAAGGAUUGUGUUCAUUCCUUACAUGCUACAAACUCAAGCCCGUUGAUCCUAGUGCCUGCAGUAAGACUUGAUGCCUUCAUGUUACAAUUUUUUAAAAGUCACAAAAAUGUAUUGGUGUCAUUUAUCAAGACCAGUGUUUUUCCACUACAAACAACAAUCAUACUGAUAGGAUAUGCUGGCAGUGUUUGAUUGGUGAGGAUCUGAUCGCUGUGCCUCUACUCCCCAUGAUGUAGCACAGAUUGCAGUUCCACCCUCGGCAAUCAGAUUUUGAUGACAUAUGCAGUGUAUGAGAGAAAAACCAAGGAUACAUUCUCUCUGUGCUGACUUUGGCUAGACCGCUCCUCUGUCCAAACAUUAAACCACUAACAAGCAGAAAUGAAAUCUUAGUUUCAAUCGUGGCUUAGAAAAUCAUGAAUUCUUAAGGUAAGAACUUCAUGCUUGAUGCUGUUAAAGCGAACCUGUCACAUUUUACACACAGUACUAUCUAUGAUAUAUAGAGCAGGAAGAGCUGAGCAGAUUGAUAUAUAGUUUUGUGGGAAAAGAUUCAUAUUUAGUCUACUUUCACAUAUUCAAUAAAGCUAUCCAGCAGCCUAUUCCGACGGAAGAACCAUACUGGCCAGAUACUGCCAUUCACCGCCGGAGCCCUUUUGACUGUAACGGGAUCUGGCUGGUUUUCGGCAUGAGUGCAAGAGUUUCGACCAGACAAAAACUAGUGCAAACACCAUUUUUUGUCUGGCUGAAUCCUGGCAUUGAUAGCAGAAACAGGCCCAAUCCCUGCCAGGCCCCAUAUAGUCAAUGGGCCCUCUCGGUGCUCCAGCCCUAUCCAGCUAUGGCUUGGUUGAACUUGAUGGACUUAUGUCAUUUUUCAGCCAUAUUAACUUUGUAACUUCGGCAGACUGUCCCUCUGCCAGAACAGUCUGGCAGAAUGUUUGAAUGAGCAGGUGUGAACCCACUAUGCCACGUGUUGUCUAAGUGAACCCCUCUUUCUUCACAGUACCCCUGAUUGUGGGUAGAGCCUUUCCCGAGGGGACCACCAGGUCGCUACCUCUUGAGGAGGAUUGGCACACGAGGCAGCUGGACCAGGAGGUACCAGAGCAAGGUACCAGAAGUACAGAGUUAGUCAGCAGGCCGAGUCAUAACCAGGGAAAACAGUGCAGGAAUGAAGAAUGAGGAAGAGGCAAAAUCAAACAAGCAAUAGGUAAGGGCACAGGACACAGGGACAGGUUAGCAACAGGAGAGUCAAGGCAAGGCAGGGAUCAAGCAGGUAACGGAGUUCAGAAACACAAACAUGUCAGGUAAAUAGGAACACACGCAGAGAUAGCAGUAACCUUUGCAGGACACAAGGAUCUUGACACUCAGGCACCUGAGAAGGGGGCCGAGACACUUAUAUAUGUUCAGGAAGGCUAGGAUUUGUCGGCACGGUCAUAUGUGCUAAACACAUAAAUCACGGGAAGUGAGGUGCACUGACCCUUAAGGAACUGGGCUGGAAGGAAACCAUGGAGUGGAUUCCAGGACAGACAAUGCCUGUAAGGACUACAGCGGUGAAUGGGAACAACAGGAGCAAAUCACCAGUGAACACGGAACCCGGGACCGUGGUGGUAAGCAAGGGAACAUUGGUGGACAGCAGCUGAUGUUACAUAAUGCUUAUGUGAAAGUAACCUAUCUUGUAUGUUGUUCAUUUAAAUCCCUGCCUUUCUUGGUUUAGAAAUUAGCAAUCCUAUGUAGUGAUUGACAGCCAUCUCUGUAUGCACACUCAGAAUUGUCAGUCACUGAUUAGGACCGCCCACUUGACUCCUAAGCAUAGAAAGAGCAAGGAUAAGUUAUAAUGUUUCUUUUCCCAUGAAACUAUAUAUCAAUCUGCUCAGAGCCUACUGCUUUAUAACAUACUGGUGGCAAAUCAGACACCAUGUUCAAUGUGACAUGUUCCCUUGACGCCAGGAAGAGCAUUUCUGUGGCUGCCUCAGAUUUUUUUAUGCUGCCAUUUUUGUAUUACAUACGUGAUAUGAUAUCCACUUUAAUGUAAGCAUGGUGUGAGCUUGGAAUGAAGCAGGUUCUUUAGCUGUGCUUAAGUUUUUUUACAUUAAUAAAAUUAAAACUUUUGACCUAUAA